UACACUCCAAUUUUCAUUAAAAGAAGCAUAUAACUCAGAGGCACUCCUCCGGAAAUCCUGUAACCCAAAGGUCACUACGACUUGAUCAGUUGGGGCGAGUACUGCUCACCAGCAUCCCCACUCCACACCCCAUUCCAGGUUAAUGUAACAACAACAAAAAAUGCUCCUCAGUCUCCUGGAGCAAAUUUUAACUCGAAACGUGUCACUGGAGAAAUGUUAAGCCCGGGGCGAGAAAAAAAAAUUCUGGAAGUAUUUGGUCAUCACCGGUUGGCUCGACGGAAAGCAGAACAACAGAAAUACUUGCAUUUGUGUAGCGCCUUACACAGUCUCGAAAGGUCGCAAAGCGCUUGACAACUUUUUUUUAGUUGAAGCUGUUGCAAUGUUCAAAUGGGUUCAGUGGUGGGCGGUUGGAGGAUUCGCCGGUCGUCAGACUGAUAGAAUAUCACCGGGGUGCUGAAUUAGAACUGAAAGAAGUGACGGAUUGUAAUUGGUUUGAUUGCACUGCUUUGCCUUUACGUCCAUCCCUAAACCCAGCCAGUAUUCCGCGGCUCAUACGGACUUAGAGGCGCUGUCAUUUUUCGCCGUGGUUAUUGCAGGGAAAGGAGGUCCCAGUUUAAACAGCGUGAUCAAAUGGAUACAUUUUAUGAUCGUAACUUUCAUGGUUUAAACCGGUAUUGACAAGUGACGUUAUUUAGUUCUCACGUUUAGGAACUCGAGCAUACAUUUUCAGCAGGUUUGUUAACCUACGGGAGGCACACGGUGUAGAUUUCACUUCCGCACUUGUUCCAUUUUCAAGAUGCAGACUUGGCUGAAAGGCAAGCGGGUCGGAUACUGGUUGAGCGAGAAGAAGAUCAAGAAGCUGAAUUUCCAGGCCUUCGCGGACCUUUGCAGGAAAAGGGGCAUAGAUGUUGUACAGCUGGACCUGGAGAAACCAAUCGAGGAGCAGGGACCACUUGAUGUUAUAAUCCACAAACUGACUGAUGUCAUUCUGGAGGCGGACCAAAACGAUGCCCAGUCCCAGCAACUGGUGCAGAGGUUUCAGGAUUAUAUUGAUGCCCACCCAGAAACCAUCAUUCUGGACCCACUGCCUGCAAUCAGGACCCUCCUGGACAGAUGCAGGUCAUAUGAACUGAUCCGUAGACUUGAAAGCUACAUGCAAGAUGAGAGAAUUUGUUCCCCUCCCUUUAUGGAGCUCAGCAGUCAGUGUGGGGAGGACACUUUGGCAGAGAUUACGAAGCACAAGCUGACAUUCCCAUUCAUUUGCAAAACCAGAGUGGCACAUGGCACCAACUCUCAUGAGAUGGCAAUAAUUUUCAGUGAAGCUGGUUUGAAAGACAUAAAGCCCCAGUGUGUCAUCCAGAGUUUUAUAAACCACAACGCAGUGCUAUACAAAGUCUUUGUUGUUGGAGAGUUCUACAGCGUGGUUGAACGGCCGUCACUGAAGAAUUUCUCGAGAGGUGUUUCAGACAGAAAAACGAUAUUUUUCAACAGUCACAAUGUCUCAAAACCAGAAUCCUCAUCUGAUUUAACUGCACUCGAUGUAGUGGAAGGCGUCUUCAGGCCACCAAGCGACGAGGUCAUCCGAAAAAUAUCCAGGACGCUGCGUGAAGCACUUGGCAUAUCCUUGUUUGGCAUUGAUGUAAUAAUCAAUAACCAAACUGGCCAACAUGCUGUUAUCGAUAUUAAUGCAUUCCCAGGAUAUGAAGGCGUUCCAGAGUUCUUCACUGAACUGAUAAACCACAUUCAGGUUGUUCUGCAAGAUCAAAACCCAGAAUCUCCUCAGUUCAACCAGAAUGGAAAGGCGGCUGAACAGGUGACGAGCAUUUGUGGGGACCGGCCCUGUUCUGCCGCCUCAGGCUAUGUGACCAUGGCAGCAAAUGAUACAUGGCUUGUAGAAGAUGACCCAAGCAGCAGCAAGAGGCUGCAGCACCAACGACUAAGUUGCAAUUCUGCUUUGCCACCCAACUUUCAGAACUGUGUCGCUCCCGUGGCGACUAAGGCAUCUUCACAAUAACCACUGAGAACACUGGACCAAGCCCAAGGAAAGACCUUUAAUGGGGAUCAACUUGAACCACUUUCAACAAAUCAAUAAAACAAUUUGUGUUUUGUUUGAAUGAUUUCACAGACUGACACAUUGACUGGAGCACAGUAUCAAAGGUGUUUUGAGAAGCAGGUUGCAGAUCCUUUGGUAAAGUCAAAUAAUAAACUCAAUCUAAUUUUCCUUAAACAUUAACAUAGCAAAAGUUGCUUUGGUGAACUUUUAUUACAUAGGAGCUAUUAUUAAUGCUCUCAACAGGAAUCGAUCACCAGUGGCUAGUUGAGUUAAUCAGGAAUCCUUCCUUUUUGUCCUAGACAUUCAAGCAUUUAUCUUUCUUCCCUCUUGACUGUUCACCUUAACCAGUACACAAUACCCAAAUGGUUUGAGCUGUUUUGAAAGUUAUCUUUAGGUUCAUUUUAAAAACUGCAAGACAUUAAAGUUCUGUGGAUUUUACACAUUAUUAGACACUAGUGAGAUCUGCCAAUCUGAGAGAACCUGGCUGAAGUUUAGAUCAGGACAUGCUGUUGGCUUUAUUUGGUGAGAAUUGUUCAGUAAAUGGAUGUUCUGUUAUUUAAAGUUUAAAUAAAACUGAAAUGUUAGUUUGAGGGGAUAUUGAUGUACAGUAAAGUGCCAUUUUGCCUACCUACUGGCAGGUUAAACCAGGGCAGUUAAAAGCAUGUAAAUGCACAAAGUAGAUUCCAUGAGCAGAGACAUGAUGGUCUGGCAUCCUCUUCAGUCAUCCUAUUUGUUUUCAGUUAAAUUGUGAAUAAUAAUACACUUCCAUACGUGAUCUUCACUUCAUCUAAAAUCAACUGUGUGAAUGCACCUGCAAAUAGUUUAAACAAAAGUAUUAACCAUUAGAUUGUGAUGCUUACAGCUUAAUGUUGCAAACAGUGAUACUUUUCCCUUGGUUCUAUUUCUUAGAAAAGCAGCAUUGAGUAAUUUGUGACAUUUUCAAAACUGAUAGUUUACAAAUGCUAUGGUGACUCCAGUCAGCAUUAGUUCUUUCCCUAUGAUAUCAGUGUUUCAGUAUUUAAACAGAGACCUGCAGUUUCAGUAACCCUCAGUUUAGGUGAUCUUAGAACAAUAUGGGAACAGUCAGAAGUAGGGUGUUAAAGUGCUUUCUAUGUUAAAGGAAUAAAAGGGGGGAGUUUGCCUCUAGAAACCAAAGGUAAAUGGCCAUUUUAUUUGAUUAAGUUUGUGAUUCCAAGUGUUCACUACCUUUUUAUAAACAAAGCAAAAAUCCAUAUUUUUUGACUCAAAUCUAAAAUAUUUAGAUCUGGAUGACAUUGGUUGAGCAAUCUAUUUUAGGCGCCACAAUGGAUUGUGUUGUAAUUAAAACUUAAAAUCAAAGUUUAAGACAGUGUACUUGAAUUUUUCAAAAUUGUACCAUUAUCAGGCUAACCUAUUGCUUUAAUAAACACUCCAGUUAACAUGAUUGAGCUUAGGAGGGCUUUGUUGAGUGUAUUGUAACAAUCUACAUCUCUGAACCACUCUAAUCAUCUUGGGACUCUUAAAAGAAAAUAUUAUGGCUGGAGCCAUUGGGGUGGUUCUAAAUGUGACAUGUUCCUAUUGGGAGUGCCAUGGAAACCAGGCCUAAAUAUGUUUACAGCAAAUCAAGUUGAGUGCACUAGAUAUUAGAUGGCCACCUUAAUGUGUUGAUUUAUUUCCUCUCUUGUCUCGUUGCAUGAGAAGUGAUGUGAGAUUAAUGAGUGAUUUUCUUGCUGCCUUAAAAUAUUGGCUUGACCUUGUUGCACUGCUUCCUUCUUUGAUAUCAACUACUGAAAGUAAUUGGGAAUUUAGCAAUUUAAUAAAAAAAGAGUUUUUUUAUUCAUUGUCUGAGUUGAGAUUCACAAAGUUCAAUUCUCUGAACAAUAUUACCAGAAGGUGGCAUAUUUAAUCAGCUUCACUAUUGCUUGCAAGUGUUGCUACAUUACCUGCAAUCUUAAAGUGAUGCAGUUCAUGUUGUGGAUAUUUCAAAAGGGGUUAGUUGAUCUCCAUAAAUACAAAAUGGAAAAUUCAGGCUAAAGUAGAUUCUUUCAGUAAUAUUCUGGGAGGAACUCUUGGGAUUUGAUGUUCUUCACUUUAAGCAAGGAAUAUUGUUUUUCCAUAGUUACUUUUUGUUCUUUUCCUCCCAGAUGUGAAUUUCAGAGCUGUUGCCCUUUUGUAGAGAAUUGGUAUGGGAACAGAAUUAAUUUGCUGUUUCAUUUAUCCCUUUUUCUUUUUGGGAGCAAGGGUUAUUUCUCAGUAAGAUUUGAUAAAAUUCAGCCAACAAUACUGUCAAUGGUGGAUGAGCUUUGAGUAGCCAGUAUCCUUCAAUUCAAAUUCCUUCCUUGACCACUGUCCUGUUUACAAAAUACUGAAUAAUCCAUGAUAUUAUCAUAGUUUGACUCAAAGUAAAUGCUGACAACAAAAUUACUGCUACUUCAGUGACCAAUUAUUUCAGCGAAACUAUUGAGGAAAUACUCUUGCUUACAACACUCCAUUUGUUUUGUGUUAACUGUUCCAGUAGCACCAUCUUAUUGCCCCAUACAUUUAGUUAUUGUCCUAAGGUCUUUUGGAAUAGGUUGCACGUUUGUGUUUUAAGUAGGCAUUUUUGGCAUCUUCCAUCAAAUGAAGAAUCUGCCGUUUUGGUUCAAAAAGUUCCUGACUUUGAAACCAUAGUUCAUCUGAACCUUAGUAAUGCUUAGGUCUGAGUUAGACAAAUUGUAUGUUCAUCUGGUGUCAUAAUGAUAGAACCCAAUGCUUUCUGGUAAUAUUGUAUAGUUGGAAAGUAUUUGUUUAAGUUGUACACUCUAGUGACCAGUGGAGUGUGUAGUCUAUAAUAUGUAUUUUAUGUAAUAUAUAUUUUGUGGCACCAGUAAUCACAGUCUACACAGCUUCACCAAAAUGUAUUUAUUAGUUUAUCCAUUUUAUUUUUUAAUAAUUGCUGCUUACAUAAAACCAAAAAUAAAUUUGCUGUUUAUUCUGCUAAUUUUAAUGCAUGAAAGACAGCAUAACUGUCUCAUGUAAGUGAAUGAUCCUCCAAUUUUACCCCUUAUGUAGUGAUUUUGGAAAAACAGAAUUCUGGUUCUGGAUGUUGACAAACCAUUUGGAAUGAUUCAGUGACCAAUAGCAGACCAAUUUAAGUAGAGUAACUACAUUAGUUGAAUUUUGCAAUGUAAACUAACCAUUUAAUUAUUGUAUUUCUUAAACUGGCUUCAAGGGACCAGACCUUUGUAAUAAUCCAGCCCUGAAUUGGAUUUUUCUAUUGUGACUUUGUGUUGUGUUUCAGCUCAGUAUAGUUGAAAAUAAGAGGAAAUGUGUAUGUAAUAUGAAUCUUAAACCUUGCUUCACGGUGUGUUUCAUUUUGUAAAUGUUGCAUUAUUAAGACAUUUAUGUGUACAUUUUCAAAGUUAUAAACAUUACCACUUUUGAUGAGAACAGUAGUAUGUAGUGGGCAGAUAUAACCUGUGGAACAGAGGAGGGUAAAUUUAAAUGGGAUGGGGACAAAGAUGAGAUGACUCAAAGGGUUUUACACAUGUAAUUGAUGUCAGUGCGCAAAUAUAUUGGGAUGAACAAGAAAAUGUCGGUCACGUAGAGACAAACUAACAAGGACUGAAGUGCUUUAAUGUAAUUUUGCUUUCUAUAUAAGGUGUUUCCAGUGUAAAGUUGAGUUAAAACAAGGUAACGAUGAUACUACAUUAAACAUAUUUGUAAGGGGAUUGAGGGGAGUGGGUGAAGAAUUUGCCCUGUUUGGAACAUGCUUCUUUUGUUUUGACUGCUGUCCUCAUUAUGACCUUACCCAGUUACGCAAUGGUAAAAUGUUCCUUGGAGAGUACAAGAAAGACUGAGCUGCUCUUUGCCCAAUUGAAAAAGAUUUUUUCUUCUAUUCUAGUGUAUUUGGUAGCUGAAUUAAUAUAGCUCACAAAAUGUUCUUCUUUAUUUACAAUAAAAGAUCCAAAGUGGG